GACCCGUGUCCUAUUUUGCAGAUCACUGGGCGGGAAUACUUGCCGCCAUUUCCAACAAAAAAUGGGAAAGGCCCAGGAAACAUAAAAAAGAGUAUUACUAGUAGUUAUCAGUGCUCACCGCGACAAACAAAUACUCCAUUACCAGUAGUAUUGUAGCAGAGUCGCAGGUUAGGAAUCGAGGAAUUUCCACGAAAACCUAAAAGAUACAGAAGAGAUGGACACCUCAAGCCCAGCAGUAUUAGUGAACGGCGAGUUACUCCCGAUGCACGUCGGGAAGCGGGUAAGAGCCGUGAUUCAAGUCUUACGCUCCGAUGGAAGCGGCACCGUCACCGGAAAAUCAACAGAUGGGCAACAAAUAUUCGUGAAAGGGCAUCCACCUGCUCCCCUUUCCACUUUUGUUGAAGUCAUUGGUAUUGCUGAUAGCAAUCAGUCUGUCCGCGCCGAUAUCUGGACCAACUUUGGCGAUGUUUUUGACACCCAAGGCUACAACCAUAUUUGUCAGCUUGCAAACGGGGAGUAUAAACACUUGUUUAUUUGAGAGCUCGGGCUGGAAUCCAGGGCCAUCCUUUGAGUACCUUCACCUUCGUGACUAUGUAUAUGAACGUGUGAUUGGUUUCGGAUACUACUGGGAUCAGGACAUCAUUGAUACCUUUGCGUUAUUUUUGGUGGAUGCUCACUUUUUACACCCUGCAGUUGCUAGUGCUUUAGCUUUAUUUGUGCAUCCUGAUGAAUUUACUUUCCUAAAUCUAAAAGCUAGAUCUCUAUUGGGAAACUCGUUCAUUGUUCUGCGGUCAUGCUUCGUUUAAAUUCUGAUAUAAUCAUUUGAAGGAUAUAGUGUGCAAGGAACUGGCAUUGCGAUUGUUCCUAUUCUAGGCGGCAAA